AAUAACUUGUACUAUUCGCGGAAAACUGAAACGGGUAAUUUUAAUCAAUUUUUUACUCUUCGAUAAAAUUGGUUUCAAUGACAUGAAUUCAAUGCUGAAUCCAUACACGCAAGCGCAACAUUCCAUGCCAAACUGAAUUCCAGUUUUGCUAUACACGCAUGACCAGUCACAUCGAAGCAUUCAGUCAUGGAAAAUAUAUCUGGAAUAGCAAAGGCGGAGGAGGAUUUGAAAUACGCCACGAGAUUCGUGAAACCGAUUAUGGGAAUGAUCGGUGCCUGGCCGAUAUCACCGUCUACCUCUUUCCUUUUAAAAGUACUCCAAAGAUUGAGGCAUAUAUUCACAUACUUCCUUUUUUUCCUGAUAAUGAUUCCAACCCUGAUGUACGUGUUCCUGAAAGAGAAGAACAACAAAGUGAGACUGAAGCUUAUGCCGCCGAUUAUUAACUGCAGUAUACAAUGCUUUAAAUAUACGAUCAUUCUCUGGCGGAGGAAAGAGAUUCAAGAAGGAUUGUACGCGAUCAAACAUGAUUGGAUAAAAGCAACGGAAGAGGAACGAUUGAUUUUUCGCUCGAAAGCGAAGAUCGGAAGGAGGGUAGUUUUAGUGGUUGCGUUCACUAUGUAUGGUGGCGGUUUAUGCUAUCGGAUGAUCCUUCCCCUUCUGAAGGGAACGAUCGUCACUGCUAAUAAUACUAUGAUUAGAGCAUUACCUUGUCCCAGUUAUUUUUUUAUUUUGAACGAGCAACAGUCGCCGAUCUACGAGAUAUUGUUCGUGUUACAAAUUAUAGCCGGAAUAGCUAUUUAUGCGGUUAUUUGCGGCUUCUGCGGCAUUUUUGCUCUCCUAGUUCUUCAUGCGUGGAGUAUGCUGAGGAUCCUGGUGAAUAAGAUAAAGAAAUUAGUGGAUAAAUCAGAUAUGUCUGAAGUGGUGCUGCAAAGAAAGAUCAUGGAUAUUAUUAUUUUUAACAGAUUUUUAAAAAACAUUGAAACAAUUACAGAAUACAUAUGUUUAAUCGAAAUGAUUGGUAGUACCUGUAUGAUCUGUCUCGUGGGUUACUGUAUUUUAAUGGAAUGGGAGAAUACUAAUACAAUGGCAAUCGUAAUCUAUAUCACGAUACAAAUAUCUAUCAUCUUCUGUAUUUUUAUACUUUGUUACAUUGGACAACUGCUCGUCGAUGAGAACUAUAUUGUAAGUCAAGCAUCAAGCACAAUAAAUUGGUAUCGCCUUUCGAUCAAAAAUAUGCGUUGCUUGAUACUAAUUAUUGCCAUGUCUAAUUAUCCAAUGAAACUGAAAGCAGCCAAAAUGAUGGAAAUGUCUUUAAUCACUUUUACUGAUAUCAUGAAAGUUUCAAUGGGAUAUUUAAACAUACUACGUGAAAUUAUUUGAACAAUUAUUGUUUACAUGUACGUUUUUCAUUAAAAAUUAUG